CGCCUGCGCGGUGGGUGGGUCGGCGAGGCCUGAAGCCUGCAGCUUGAGUCAGGACCAGGAGGAGCCGGAGCCGGAGCCAGAGCCAUGCCCCGGGCCAAAGGCAGAGCGGCGGCGGGGUCGGUCGGCGCCGAGGAGGAGUGGGUGGGCGGUGACCAGCCGCCCGCAGCCGAAGUCCUGAAAAAAGGAAAAAAAGACAAGAAGGCCAAGAAAUCGUUCUUUGAAGAGCUGGCUGCAGACGACAAGCAAGUGAAAGAAGAGGAAUCGGCCAUCAUAGAGCAGCAGCAACUAAAGAAAAAGCGCGACAAGAAAAAAGAUCGGGGCAAGAAGACAAAGGAUGAAGGUGGAGACAAUGCAGUGAUUGAUAAACUGAAUAAGCUCUCGGUGCAGGCCAGUGACAAUGAAGAGGAGGAGGAGGAGGAGGAGGAGGAGGAAGAGGAAGUGAUAAAACCAACACGAGGAAACAAAAAGAUGGGCGGCAAUGUCUUUGCAGCUCUGAGUCUUGAACAGAGCGAAGACGAUGAAGACAAUGACGGGGAGGAUGGAGGAGAGAAGCAGAUGAGCAAGAAAGAGAAAAAUAAGCCCGUGCCCGAGGAAGAUGACAACAAGCAAAAUAAAAAGAGCAAGAAAAUCGAACGAGAAAAAGCGAAAGAGAAAAAGGUAACCUCAGAAGAUGAGGACGAAGAUAAGACGAGCAAGAAGGUGAAAAAAUCGGAGAAGCCAAAAGCAAGACAGAAGGGCUUCUCCGAUGACGAUGAUGAUGAGGAUGACAAGGGAACCAAAAGAGGGAAACACUCCAAAACAAAAGGAAAGCAUAAGGGCGGCAACACAGUUGCGAAGAAGCAGGCUGGCGGAGAAGGAAUGAACAAAGAAGAAUCAAAGCCACAGGAAGGGAAAGGAAAGCCUACAAAUUCCUACGGUGCAUCGGAUGUGGAAGAUGAGGAGGAGGAAGACGAGGAGCUGGAAGAAGGUGACGAGGACUACAAAGGCAAAGGAAAGGUGAAGAAUGAUGAUGGCGACUAUGAAGGGGAGGAGGAUGAAAAGGCAGCAAAGGACAAGGCCGCAGAUGACAAAUAUGCCAACUUAAGCAAGAAAGAAAAGAAGAAACUGAAGAAGCAGAUGGAGUUCCAGCGACAAGUGGACACACUCAAAGCGUCAAAUGAUGCAGAGGGCGACUUCUCUGUAUCGCAAGCUGAGCAGUCCUCGCGACAGGCCAUGCUGGAGAAUGCAUCCGACAUCAAGCUGGAGAGGUUCAGCAUCUCCGCUCACGGGAAGGAACUCUUCAUCAAUGCUGACCUGUACAUUGUGGCCGGGAGGAGAUAUGGCCUGGUCGGGCCUAACGGCAAGGGUAAGACAACAAUGCUGAAGCACAUUAUGAACCGAGUGCUGAACAUCCCUCCUAACAUCGACGUGCUCCUCUGUGAACAAGAGGUGCGGGCGGAUGACACGGUGGCCGUCGAUGCAGUGCUGAAAGCUGAUACCAAGCGGCUCAAGCUGCUGGAAGAAGAGAGGCAGCUCCAGGCUCUCCUGGAGAAGGGAGAUGACCGAGCCGGUGAAAGACUGCAGAAGGUGUACGAGGAGCUGCGGGCCACGGGGGCCGCGGCGGCCGAGGCGAAAGCCCGUCGUAUCCUGGCUGGUUUGGGCUUCACUCCUGAGAUGCAAGGCCGUCCCACCAAGAAGUUCUCUGGAGGCUGGAGGAUGCGAGUCUCACUGGCCAGAGCCCUGUUCAUGGAGCCCACGUUACUGAUGUUGGAUGAGCCGACCAACCAUCUGGACCUCAAUGCGGUCAUCUGGCUGAACAACUACCUGCAAACCUGGAAGAAGACGCUGCUGAUUGUCUCUCACGACCAGGGCUUCCUGGACGAUGUUUGCACGGACAUCAUCCACCUGGACAUGCAGAAACUCUUCUACUAUAGAGGCAACUACAACACCUUUAAGAAGAUGUACGUGCAGAAACAGAAGGAACAGCUGAAACUCUAUGAUAAGCAGGAAAAGAGACUUAAAGAUCUGAAGGCAGGCGGCAAGUCGACCAAACAAGCAGAAAAACAGACGAAGGAUGCACUGACACGCAAGCAGCAGAAAGGGAAGAAGAAGAACAUGGAUGAGGAGUCCAAUGAAGCGCCCGAGCUGCUGAAGAGGCCGCGGGAAUACACGGUGAAGUUUACCUUUCCAAACCCACCGCCUCUCAGCCCCCCCAUCCUGGGCCUGCACGGCGUUGAUUUUGCAUAUGAAAACCAUAAGCCAAUUUUCAAGAACCUGGACUUUGGUAUUGACAUGGAAUCCAGAAUCUGCAUUGUAGGACCCAACGGCAUUGGGAAGAGUACACUGUUGUUGCUGCUGAGUGGAAAGUUGGCCCCCACCAUCGGUGAACAAAGAAGAAAUCACAGACUGAAAAUCGGCUACUUCAACCAGCAAUACGCUGACCAGCUGAACAUGGAGGAGACGGCCACAGAGUACCUCAUGAGGAACUUCAACCUGCCCUACCAAGACGGCAGGAAAUGUCUUGGGCGCUUUGGGCUGGAGAGCCACGCUCACACCAUCCAGAUCAGCAAGCUCUCCGGUGGUCAGAAAGCAAGAGUGGUGUUUGCAGAGCUGGCGUGUCGACAACCUGACCUCCUCAUUCUAGAUGAACCCACCAACAAUCUGGACAUCGAGUCCAUCGACGCGUUGGCUGAUGCCAUUAACCUCUACAAAGGAGCCGUCAUCAUAGUCAGCCAUGACGCCAGGCUGAUCACGGAGACCAAUUGCCAGCUGUGGGUGGUGGAGGAACAAACCAUCAACCAGAUCGACGGCAACUUUGAAGAAUACAAGCGCGAGGUGCUGGAGGCGCUGGGAGAAACCAUCCACCGCAAGCAGCCGAAGGAGUGAGGCGGGCGGGCGAGGAUGGGGGGGACCAGAGACCCCCCCACAGCCGGCCACGAAACACAACUACAACACCCAUCAAAAUCACGGACAUCACGAUGCAGAAACACACACCUGUCAAACGGCCGCCCGCCUGGCGUCCGACUUGGCGAUUACAACGCCAAAACGAGGGCCGAUGUCCUGACUUUAUAAAUGUUUACUGAAGGGGGAGGGGGAAUAGAUGGUUUGGAUAUGUAAAUUAAAGUGCUGGGCACCAAAGUAUUCACUCACCCAUUGUAUAGAG